AUCUAUACUACUCUUAGACGUAGAGUAGACAGGGAGUAGGUGUCGCACUGAUAGGCAAUCAGUAGUUAAAUAGUAGACAUCACCAAGACGCAAGAAUAGACUAGAAGUAGACUACAUGCAGACAUCAGCCUAAAAGUAGGCAAGUGAAGACGAAAGUAGACAGUUUCUAGACCUCGUAGUAAACAAAUGUGAUCAGAAAGUAGACAAAUACUAGUUUACUCUGUCUAUAAUGUGUCUGAAAUACGUCUCAAUGCGUCUAGAACUUGUCUACCCCAGGGCAUACCUUCAUGUAUGCAGGAGGUACUGUAUUCAAGUACACACUUACAAGGGAAGGUUUUUAGGUGUUACACACCAAUUUCGCUACGUACAUAUUGCAGGGGACAUAUGUAGAUUAAGAUUGGUACCGGGUUUAGCUGCCCAUACUAUGUUUUUCGUUUGUUUUGGACAAUUUUUAGUAGGAAAACAUCAUAAAAGCAGCAAAAAUGUGAUCUUCAAAUGCCUAUAUCUCCGGAACCGUUUGUGCUACACCCCCCAGAUUUUGCACAGGUAGGCCGAAUUUGUAACUAAAUUAUCGUGAAGUAUCAUUUUUUUCGAAAAACAUAGAAGAAAAUGUCACAAUCUAUGUGCACCUUCCUUACUUGGAUUUCGGACCAUUUCAACAAUUUUUUUCGACUCUACCCAUAUUUUUAGACAAUUGAGGUAUCUAUGCGGACUACCUCUGUGCAAAAUCUGGAUGGCGUAGCUCAAACGGUUCCGGAGAGGCAUUUGAAGAUCACAUUUUUUCUGGUUUUAUGAUGUUUUCCUACUAAAAAUUGACCAAAACAAACGAAAAACGUAGUAUGGGCAGCUAAAACCGGUGUCAAUCAUAAUCUACCUAUGUCCCCUGCAAUAUGUAUCGCGCCCAGCGAAAUUGGUGUGUAACACCUUAGAACCUUCCCUUUAGUUUUCCAGAGCAGUUACACGGCCAAGUAAAUUUCCCCAGUUGGAAACGUUUUGUUUAAUGUUCACGAUUCCAUGCAGAAUUGCUUAAUCUAUGUACUCCUCACAUACAUCACAAAUGAAUGAAUAACUUUCUGACCUAUAUUCUUCACUGACACGUUUUUUUUAACUUAGGUGAACACUUCACGUAAAGCCAGCGAUGGCACGAAGUACAGAAAAUCAUUUCUCCGAAAUUUCUUCUCGCUAAAGCAUAUUGAUCUUUUCCACACUUCACGCAAAGGCUUUGUCAUAUCUGCUGCAAACUCGAGUAGAAUCAUCUGAAGUUUCCUUCUGAAUUGCACGGGAUCAAAUUCCAAAUCUGCUUUUUCAAUUCCAAGUAAUACGAAGGCAUAGUAAAUCACGUACAAACCACAGUUAGUUGUGUCGUACGGUUUCUGCUUUGGGCAAAACGGAAAGGAACAUUUUUCAAUCCACCCGUUUGUGGUGAUCAUCUCAAAUCCAAUUUUAUUCCUCUUCGUGAUGAAGGAAAUGAAGCUGUUGAACGUCUUUCCGGACGAUAUUUCAGGGUGAUAAGGGUCAAAAUCGGCGAAGGUUAAAUUGUUAAAAUCAGCUACAGCUAACUUCCAGUGAUUUCCCUUCUCGUUGUAUGGCAAAAGCACAAUCUUGUCUUCCAUAUGUGGGCAAUUCCAAGCGUCACUUACGGACGUUCGUACGCAAAAAUCGCGGCUUUUUUCUGGUUUUAAAAGGGAAGAUCUGGACUAAUCGAACCGAACUAAGAUGGCUCUUGAAGUACUUUUUAAGCCCUUUCCAAUGGCAUUCGAGCGGACUCUGUGCGAUGAGUCGUUUAGAUUUUAUCCUUUGGCAAAAAGGCCGUCACUUACGGACAUAAAACGGAAGUGGGUUUCGACAUGGUGUUAGUUUCUCUUAAAACUCAGCGAAUUUAGUGGGGUUAAAAAUUCGACGAGGGCAGUGUCUUGAGACCAAGGAAUGCAGCUAUCUGUCUAUAUACAGUACUUCGCUAGAUUCGCCUCCGUUUCUGUGUUAUAGAAGAAAAAGUGGCGUCACCGACGGACGCGGACAGCGUCACCGACGGACACGUACGAAUGGAUUAUUCGUCGACUUUGACCAGCCAUAACUCCUAAACGGUUGCACAUGUGGGGCUCUGCAAAUAGUCACAUAGUAGGCAAGGACACCCUUAAUAUGGUCCAAAAGAGAGCGAUUUUCUGGCUCUCUCCCCGCCCUGUGAAUGGGGUUCAAACUGGGCACACUUUCCGUGCAUUCUUAAAUGCAAGGAGGGGGAGGGGGAAGAGAAAAAAGGAAAGACUAUGAUUUCGUUUUUGCCAAGAGGGCGGGAUAAGGUAAAGUAAGAAAAUCUCGACAAACAAUAUUCUAUGCAGAUUAAUGUUCGUGGCGUUCGUCAGUGAUAGCGCCUGCCAGUGACAGCGUCCGUCAGCGACAGCGUCUGUCAGUGACAGCGUCCGUCGGUGACGCGAUUUUCACCCUGUUCCGAGCGUUUUUCGACCUCGGACAUUAAGACCAAAUUUGUUCCUCAUAACGAACUUGCUUUGCACCCGAAGUGUCGAAAACGUAGCCCGGCAGGAUUCACACAAAUAGAAAAAAAACACCAAAAUUGUCACCGACGGACACGCGCUUUUGAAAAAAAGUUGGGGGGCUUUUCUGAAGCACAUAUGACACGGGCACCGCUGACGAGUGGUCUUACGUGUUUUAGAAGGCCUACCUAACAAUAAUCAGAAGAGAGCUCCAAAAAAUUUUGAGUGGAAGGGCUCUUUUAACGGAAAAGGAAAAAGGCUUGCAAGUGCUAUGUAUUGUUCUCGAGAGGGAAGGCCUCAAUCAGAGCUCGGAAACGAACUCAAGUAGAAACAUUUUUGCCAAUGUUUUUGCGGAUUACGAAAAUAUGGACCUUUGACAACACGGAGCAAUUUUCGCCACGUCUCUAGCACCAAUUUCAAAUGUUGACCACCACUUCCGCUUUUUUCUGGAAUUGCCCUGAUACGUAAAAAUAGUCCCAUCUUUGACUUCCGAAACAGUUCAAGCACCUUUUUCGGGCGGUUCGUGCCGGUCACUGGUGACGAGGUAGUGAAGAACACUGUUUUAACUGUUGAACCAGCAACUUUUAGCCACAAUGUCCACGAAUACAAUCUGGGUGAUCGCCCGCCGUCUCGAAGACAAGAAAUGGUUCAAAUUUAAAGCCGCGGACAUGUUUGUAACGACUCCGGAUUUGAUGUAUUGGCCCUUUCGUCCUGAUGGCCCAUUAGACCACGAUCCAAAGACCGAGUAUGGGAUCAUUAAGAAAGGCUCAACAGCCUCCACAAAUUCUAUUCAAACAAUGGUGUUAUAUUACAUCUUGUUCAUGUCAGAAGUGGAAAGUGAUGUUGAUGAAGCGUUACGUACUGGGAAAGAUGCUGCAGGAAAUCGUAUUGCCAAUAAUAAGAGAGAUAAGAACAGGAGAUCGGCACCUUUUACUUUACCUCUCUCUCAGCUAACGCUCAAGAAAGAAAUUGAAAAGACCAAGGAUGCUGUGAAAACUUCUAAAUCUCGUAAAACUGUAACAUCUACCAUCAACAAAUCAAUUUUGUCCAAAGCAAUAGAGGAGUCUGCUACUUCAACUCAGGAUAAAGGAUUGUCACAAAAGCAAUCACCAAUUUCACAUGCAGGAAAGGGUCCAUCACAUAAACGCCUAACAUCAGACCCCGUCAAUGACUCAGUCAUUAGAGGAUCUUCAUCUCCUCCAACAGUUGUGAAAAUUGUUCAGGAUAAAGAAUUAUAUGUUGCUGUAACUUGUCUUCAAAUUGAGCGUAUUUGA